AUGAAGAAGAUGCUUCAAGGUUUGAUUUACAGGACAUGUCAUCUUCUAAGUUUAUUGUUGGAAGAGCUUGAUAUAGAAGCUGCAGCAUUGCAUUCAUUUAAAUCCCAAUCUUUAAGGCUCGCUGCACUACAUCGAUUCAAAUCUGGACAGGCCCCUAUAUUGCUUGCAACUGAUGUUGCCAGUUGUGGUUUGGAUAUUCCUACGGUUGAUCUUGUAAUCAAUUAUGAUAUUCCGAGGUUUCCUAGGGACUACGUUCAUCAUGUUGGGCGUACUGUGAGAGCUGGCAGAGGUGGUCUGGCUGUGAGCUUUGUUACCCAGAACGAUGUAAUUCUUAUUCAUGAAAUUGAAGCUGUCCUUGGAAAACAGUUAGACAAGUUCGAAUGUAAAGAGAAUGAGGUGCUUGAUGAUGUUACAAAGGUUUACAAGGCCAAACGCGUAGCAACCAUGAAGAUGAUGGAUGAUGGAUUUGAGGAGAAGGCAAAAGCAAGGAAAGCACAAAAGCUGAAGACAUUAGCAGAGAAAGAUUUACUUAAGAAAAGGAGUAAAAGGAGAAAAAAGAGAUAA